AUGGCUGUUAAUUCAAGGGCAGUGCCAACUCUUCAGCGCCUCGUGCGUUCGAACGUGUUCUCGACCUCAAGUCGAACCAUCGGUCGUCGAUAUCUCUCUGGUCAACCAGAUCUCAAAACUACCCUCAAGGAGGUCAUCCCUGCGAAACGCGAGUACCUUAAAAAAAUCAAGACUGAACAUGGCAAUAAAGUUUUGGGAGAGGUCAAGGUCGAGAACGCAAUCGGCGGCAUGCGUGGUAUCAAGGGAAUGAUCUGGGAGGGUUCGGUCCUUGAUGCCAAUGAGGGUAUCCGAUUCCACGGAAAGACCAUCAAAGAGUGCCAGGAAUUCCUUCCAAAGGGUCUUACAGGAGAGGAGAUGUUGCCCGAAGCCAUGUUCUGGUUCCUUCUUACCGGGAAGGUUCCAUCUACAGAGCAGGUCAGGGAUUUCAGCAAAGAGCUUGCUGAGAAGUCCUCCCUUCCAACUUUCGUUGAGAAGAUGAUGGACAACUUCCCAACCACCCUCCACCCAAUGACACAAUUCGCCAUUGCUGUCUCUGCAUUGAACCACGACUCGGUCUUCGCAAAGGCCUACGAGAAGGGUCUCAACAAAGCCGAUUACUGGGAGCCUACUUUUGAUGAUUGUAUCUCUCUCCUUGCGAAGCUCCCAACAAUUGCCGCCAAGGUCUACCAAAACACCUACCAGGGCGGCGGCGCACUUCCAGGUGCCGUUGACCCCAAGCAAGAUUGGGCCUACAACUACGCAGCUAUGCUUGGAAAGGCCGAUGAUAUCGGUUUCGUUGAUUUCUUGAGAUUGUACCUCGCUCUUCACGGAGAUCACGAGGGUGGAAACGUCAGCGCCCAUACUACCCACUUGGUUGGUAGCGCUCUUAGCGAUGCCUUCCUCAGCUACAGUGCCGGUGUCCAGGGUCUUGCCGGACCAUUGCACGGUCUAGCUGCUCAGGAAGUCCUCAGAUGGAUCCUCUCCAUGAAGGAGAAGAUUCCUCAAGAGUACUCUGACAAGGACGUUAAAGAUUACCUCUGGAGUACAUUGAACUCCGGACAAGUCGUUCCAGGUUACGGACAUGCCGUUUUGCGCAAGCCUGAUCCAAGAUUCGAGGCCCUCAUGGAAUUCGCAGACAAGAGACCAGAGAUCGUCAAGGACCCUGUCUUCCAGUUGGUCAAGAAGAACUCUGAGAUCGCCCCAGGCGUCCUCACUGAGCACGGAAAGACCAAGAACCCAUACCCGAACGUCGAUAGUGCAUCUGGUGUGUUGAUGCACCAUUACGGUGUCAAGGAGACACUCUACUACACCGUUGGUUUCUCGGUUUCGCGAGGUAUCGGCCCAUUGGCACAGCUUAUCUGGGAUCGUGCUUUGGGUCUCCCAAUUGAGCGACCAAAGAGUUUGUCGCUCGAGGCCAUCGAAAAGUUGGUUAAGUAA